AUGUCAUGAAAAGUUUAUUUCCCGGUCAUUUGAUAUAAAUACAUUUCCCAAAUAGAUUUUCUUAUCAAUCGCUUGGUUUCUGGGGAUAACAAAGAUAUAAAAAUGGUUCCAAAGAUUAUACGGUUUCUGGCUGGUUGCUGCCUCGUUGCUUAUAUUAAUUGCCAGAGGUUUGGAGGGGAUGGAAGGUUUGGAGGGGAAGGAAGAUUUUUUGGAGGGAACGAGUUUGGAGGUCAAGGUUUUGGAGAACUUCCACCAGAUGUACAAGCCGUAUUAAAUCGUGAAAUUCCCGGAAACGGAAAUGGCGAAUUUAUUGCUCUGGGAGGAGCUGGUAUUGGGGAACGCCACAGUAAUGGGUUACGUAAUGGUUGGGAUGGCAACCCGGCAACACGAGGAAUGCCAGUCUCUAUGCAAGGCGGAUUCCAACAGGACCAGAUGCUGGGCGACUUUGGACUCGGUGGUGGUAUGCAUGGAGGACACGGUGGUGGUAUGCAUGGAGGACAUGGUGGUGGUAUGCAUGGAGGACUCGGUGGUGGUAUGCAUGGAGGACAUGAUGGUGGUAUGCAUGGAGGACAUGGAGGGCAUGGAGGUCAGAUUAUGCAGGGUGGAUUUCAGCAAGAUCAGUUUGAUGUUCAACCAAUAGGUCAAGCAAAUAUUCAUGUCCCUUUUGUUGAUGGAAUGACAGGCCAAUUCGAUAACUUUCAAACUGGGCCAUUUCUCAAUCCUGGCCAAGACAAUUUUGUACCAAUCAGCUCCGUUAUGGGAGGAGAUGUAGCCUCUCUUGGUGGGUAUGGUAGAAGAUACCACCCUAAGAAACCUACCAUUCCUCCUAAAAAACAAACAGUCUUGCCCAAGAAGCCAGUAAUGAACCCAAAGAAACCAAUUUCUUAUUCUAAAAAGCCACAAAUGCAACAUAAGAACCCAUUCUAUCCAAAACGACCAGUCAUUCACCCUAAGAAACCAAUUAUUAAGCCAAUGAAACCAACUAUUCACCACAAACGACCAAUAAUUAACCCAAUCAAACCAAUAAUCAAUAAAAAAAAACCUAUCAUUCGUCCAAUGAAACCAGUUAUUUCCCCAAAAAUGUCUAUAAAUUACCCUAAAAAGCCAUCCAUUUUACCAAUUAACUACCCUAAGAAACCAAUCAUGCACCCGAAGAAAUCACCAAUUUAUCCUAAGCAACCAGCUAUGAAAUCCUUUGGACAUGGCGGAUAUGGACGCAUAAGGACUAGAGGUGGAUAUUGAGUUUUUAUACUUCUACAAACACAAUGAACAGAAAAUCCAAGAAGAUCCGAAUGAUAUUUAUAAUUGUGUAGUGAUGUACAUGUAUUUACAAACACGUGCAAUCUCUUUUGUCCUAACAAUAUUUUCUAAAUAAAAUGUUAUAUGAUACUAUU